CACGACUCACCACUUACGCCAGCAACAGUAUCGUAGUCCAACGUACAGCCAGCAUACAGCCAGCAGACGAUGCAAUGAGCGACACAACUCCCCUCACCGGGCGUCUCGUCCCACUGCGGACCAAAGACGAAGUGCGCGCCAGUCUGGAGACGCACGUUGUCUAUGUCAUCGAAGUGUCUGCGAAGCAUGCCAACGCUGUCAAGGAUGUCGUGCAAGCAGCCGUCCCCGACUUCAAAACGUCAGAGAUCUCGCACCUUCGCCGCGUUGUGCAGUUCAAAUACCUACCGGCCCAUCUGCAGAAGCAGUUCUACCCGCCCGCGAGGCUUCCGAGAGGUGAUGAGGAUGAUCCUGCACCAGCAUCAUUGUCCCCAUCCACUGUAUCAUUGCCCUCCUCCUCUCCUCCGUCCACAUGCACUGGCGACGAUUGCACUGCUGGCGAGGAAGUUACUAAAGACAUGGAUCUAGUGCGCUACUUCCUCUUGUGUCCCACGAGACACAUCCCGCAUGCAGAACUCCACAGUCUCCUGCUCAAAUGUCCUCCCUUCGACAACGGCAAGACGAGGCCGAGGAUCCUGUACGUCACCGUCCCCUCGCUGGCACCCAUAUCUGCCGAGCAGUCCGAGCAAUGGAGCGAACAGUACUGGCCCAUCUCUUACAAGAACACCAACCCAUACGGUCCGCACCCUAGCCUUGUUGCACGCAAUCAGGCGGAGAUCGAAGACAAAGUGGGCAACUGGCUUGCGCUCGCUCGCACGGCUGGACAGUGCAUUUCGGAGCAGUGCCUGGGAGAGUCGCUCGGUGUAGUCGUCGUGGACCAGACCAAAGCAGAACCCGAGGUCAUUGUUGUUUCGGGCGACUGCCGCUGGAGAUCCCCAUCAGGCGCCAUCGAGCGUCACCAAGGUACCGGAAACAUCAUGGCUCAUGCUGUCCAGCGCGCCAUCGCUAUGGUCGCAAAGAAGAGGCUUCGAGCUGCAGGCGCCGACCCUGCACUGCUCGAUCGCUCGCUGUUCUGCGACAUACCUCUCACCGAGAUCGAGAAGGAGUACUACGUGAAGGACAACAUCAACCAGAGCGGCUAUUUGUGCGUCGAUCUCGACAUCUACCUGACCAACGAGCCCUGUGUAAUGUGCUCGAUGGCGAUCCUUCACUCGAGGUUUCGGCGAUGCAUCUUCGCUAAGCGCAUGCCGCUCACUGGCGGGAUGACGUCCGAUACAGCAGAAGGAUACAUGCCGCUGCAGGGCGGGUUGAAGCAUGGCAUGUUCUGGCGACCGAGCGAGCUGAACUGGAAGUUCCUGGCCUGGGAGUACAAAGAGGAGGGCGAGCAGGCACAGCCUGAGGGCAUCAAGGACACGCUGCAUGUCUAGAACGGCAUGACGAGGGGAACGGGACCGCAUCGCAUUGGAUAUGAAGCAUUACACGGCGUAUUGGAUUACAUGUUGUGUCGAGUACAGUCAGGAGGCCAUGGAUUAUGGAGCAUGAGAUACCCACAUAUAGAUUACACGCUCGGACGCAAAACCAAUGGAACGC